CUCCUCGCAUCGCAUCGCUUUUACUCCCCACCCUUCUGCAGAUGUUGGCUCUCCGAGCAGCCUCUCAUCAGGACCAUUUAUACCUUUGCGGCUGUCUGCAGCCACAGCGCGUCACAGUCAUGCUGGCGUGGAGGGCGAACAGCGCAGGCAAAUCAUUGUGCUGAUCACAGCACCUUUGGUCGGUGGAGGGAAGCACCAGCACCUCCUCGAUCGGUUCCCUCCCUCCUCCCUUUUUUUUUUUUUGGUUGCCAAUCCCAAUCGCCAUCCAACGGCAACGAUAGGAAAGGAGUCUGGGAGGGGAGAGCGAGGACACACCCGCACGUACUGUACCCGGUGUACACGGCGAGGAUGCCGCAGACAACAUGAGGUGAAUAUCAUCGAAUCUCCCACAUUGGAUCUUUUUUUUUUUUACCUGCUCGGACGACCUGGUUGUCGCAGCUGGUUAUUCACCUUGCUGAUACCGACGUCCGGCAGGAGCGUGAACUCACAGCAGAUGUGAAAAAAGAUGCCUGCAGUCGGAUCCUAGGGGGACAUCCUGUGGCCGUCAGGUCUUUACGACGUUGAGCCCCCUCCCUCUCCUGGCCCCUGCCUGCAGUUCUCCAAGCUGCAGGACCCCGCCUCACUGAAAAGUGCAGGCCUCCACCUCCUGCAGAAUGACUGUCGCCACCGGCGACCCCUCUGACGAGGCGGCCACACACCCGGGGCAGGACUACGACCCGGAGGCCGACCACGAGUGUUGCGAGAGGGUGGUCAUCAACAUCUCAGGGCUUCGCUUUGAGACUCAACUAAAAACCCUCUCCCAGUUCCCAGAGACGCUGCUGGGGGACCCUAAAAAGAGGAUGCGCUACUUCGACCCGCUGAGGAACGAGUACUUUUUCGACAGGAACAGACCCAGCUUUGACGCUAUAUUGUAUUAUUACCAAUCAGGGGGCCGGCUAAGAAGGCCGGUCAACGUCACCCUUGAUAUUUUCUCAGAGGAGAUUCGCUUCUACGAGCUGGGGGACGAGGCCAUCGAGAUAUUCAGAGAAGACGAGGGUUUCAUCAAGGAGGAGGAGCGUCCUCUUCCAGACAAUGAGUUUCAGAGACAGGUGUGGCUGCUGUUUGAGUACCCAGAGAGCUCAGGUCCUGCUAGGAUUAUUGCCAUAAUCUCUGUUAUGGUCAUUCUGAUAUCUAUUGUCAGUUUCUGCUUGGAGACCCUCCCCAUUUUCCGCAAUGAUGAUGACGACAUGCACAGGUCUGAAGUCUAUUAUCCUGAGACCAACACCACAAUCAUCACUUACACAUCCACCUACUUCACUGACCCCUUCUUCAUCCUGGAGACUCUCUGCAUCAUAUGGUUCUCCUUUGAGUUUCUGGUGCGCUUCUUCGCCUGCCCCAGCAAAGCUGGCUUUUUUGGUAACAUAAUGAACAUAAUUGAUAUCGUGGCCAUCAUCCCAUACUUCAUCACUCUUGGCACGGAGCUCGCGGAAAAGCCGGACGACGGCCAGGCGGGUCAGCAAGCCAUGUCUUUAGCCAUCCUCAGGGUCAUCCGCUUGGUGCGAGUGUUCCGAAUUUUCAAGCUCUCCCGUCACUCCAAGGGGCUCCAGAUUUUGGGUCAGACCCUGAAAGCCAGCAUGAGAGAGCUGGGCCUGCUCAUCUUCUUCCUCUUCAUAGGGGUCAUCCUUUUCUCGAGCGCCGUCUACUUUGCCGAAGCGGACGAGCCCGAGUCCCAGUUCGAAAGCAUCCCGGACGCGUUCUGGUGGGCCGUGGUCUCCAUGACAACGGUAGGCUACGGGGAUAUGGUCCCGACCACCAUCGGCGGCAAGAUCGUGGGCUCCCUCUGCGCCAUCGCUGGUGUGCUCACCAUCGCCCUGCCCGUGCCUGUCAUCGUGUCCAACUUCAACUACUUCUAUCACCGCGAGACCGAAGGCGAGGAGCAGGCGCAGUACCUGCAGGUCAACGUGGCCAAAGCCGACUCGUCCGAGGAGUUGAAGAAGAGCCGGAGCGGCUCCACCAUCAGUAAAUCGGACUACAUGGAGAUCCAGGAGGCGGUGAACAACAGCCGCGAGGAGAUCCAGGAGGAGAACCUUAAGACGGCCAACUGCACGCUGGCCAACACAAACUACGUAAACAUCACCAAAAUGCUCACGGACGUGUAGUCUUCUGCUUCUUCUCCUCCGCGUCAAGGCGGGAAAUGCGGAGCCGGGCAACUGGACGGGACAGGCGCACAGCCUCCCAUCUCCCGUGUGCUGGGGAAAAAAAAAAAAGGCAAUAGAAAUCGGGAUGAUGGUGAUGAUGAUGAUGAUGAUGGACAGUUGGAUAAAAAAGAAUGCAAAGACCAUCCGCUCACUCCUCACUCGUCCUGUCUUCCUUCCUCACAACUUGCCCUUAAAACUCCUGAUGACUGUCAAACAGAGUGGAAUUUUGCAUUUCUGCAUGGAGUUGGCUUUUUGUGUGUGUGUGUGUGUGUUUGUGUGUGUGUGUGAGAGAGCGUGGCUGGUUAAAAAAAAGAAUAUCAACGCCUAAAAAUGUCCGCUCACAACUGUAGCCAAUGUUAGUGCACAAAACGAAAAAAUGGGAGAAAUAAGGCAAGAAAAAAAAGUAUUUCUUUCAAAAAGAAAAAAAAAAGGCACGCUGACCCCGCUUUCGUCCCUCGUCCCCUUAUUUCCCAAGGCCCCCUGCUCUGCCAUGCGCUUUCUGAAGAGCCCUACUCGUGUGCUACUUAUGCUGCUUCCUGGAGCCAAUGAGAUGAGAAUUGUCUCACGCUAUACCAUUUUAGAAAUGGGAGGAUGAGUGAGCAUGAAGCGAGCUCCCUCCAGCGCCGGUAAAGCCAGCGGCGACUCGUGUGACGGGGGUUGGUGGAUAAGCACACCACGUUAUUUCAAGGAUGAAUGACAGCCGUCAGCGCAGAGCUUAUGGUUCGACACCUCUUUUUUUUUUUUUCCCAGCAGACAUCGGUAUCUGAUGAAUGACUGAGGAUAGCCUUGACUUUUCACUGCUUUGGUCUUACUGUCUGUAUUGCAAUGCAAGCUCCCCACCCCCCCCCCUUCCAUUCACCCAAAACUGGUCUUACUGCAGAGCUUUGAGGACAACUUGAAUGUUUCUUCUUGUUUUGUUUGUUCUUCACAGUUUUGCACACACACGCACAUACGCACACCCAUAUUCAAAUAGUAGGUUAACUGUGACUUUACUGACAGCCGAUAGGUAGAUAAGUGCUGUAAGUAGUAAACAUAUAGCCAAUAGAUUAUUGCAUGACAUUUUUCUCAGAAUGAGAAGUUCCACUUGUUUCUCGACUGCCACUUGCUUCAUGGCACCACUGUAUAUUUGUGUGCACACUGCCUUCUAUACAUAUCCACACUUUUAAAAAGGCCCACUGCAGGUAGCUGUCACGCAAACCUAAAGCUUUAUGUUAGAGGCUUUCUUAAGGAAUACUAAUGAGGCAAAGUCCUCCUCGAUACUAACAUUCCAUGUGGAAGCCGUCGCGUUGAACCUUCGCCGGGUGGCUGUGGUUCCAGCCGCAGGCUCCCAUUCUAGUCUCGCACUCAAUCCCAGUUGCAGUCACACGAUCAUGUCGUCAUGAUAAAUACAGCAACUUUUAAGGAUUUGUGUAUAGAACAAUGCCCCCCCCCCCCAGGUUUACGCUAAUCUCUUGAUGUUGCAUGACCACAAAACAUUCCUAGAGUGCAUGCAGAUCAAAUAAGAAGCCAGACAAAAUGUAAUUAAUACAAUAGAUAUAUUUAUGACUU